AUGACUGCUCAUCUCAGCUUUCUUCUCAUCCUCACUGGACUCACAGGUCAGUCACAGUCACAUUUUCCGUGCACUAACAUUUAAGCUGGUCCUGUAAGAUGAUGAUGGCAUAAGUAAUUUGGAAACAAUUGUGUAUAAUCUAAAACAACUGCAAUAAUGCAAUAAUGUUUAAUGGACAGGUAAUAUGAAAGAAGAAUGUUGUUAGCUAUACAAUAAAAUGCUGCAUUUGUUCUUGCUGCAGGAGUUCACAGUGUAACCACAGUCAGUAAAGUGUCAGUGAAGGCUGGAGAUUCAAUCACUAUCCCAUGUAUCUAUGGCUCAGAAUACAUGAACAACGUGAAAUACUUGUGUAAAGGAUAUUACUGGAAAUUGUGCUUAGUUGAAGUUAAAACAAACCAACCACGUAGUUCAAGAAAGUUUUCAAUCUGUGAUGACAAAAAACAGAGAAUCUUCACUGUGACUAUAAAAGAUCUGAUGAAUACAGACACUUAUUACUGGUGUUUUGUGGAGAUUAAUGGAGGGGCAGAUGAUGGCCAGAAUUUUCACCUGUCUGUCACCACAGAUACACCCAGCCUCUCUGUGGAUCAUCAGGACAUUACAGGAUUUAUUGGAGAGAGUAUAAACAUCAGUUGUUACUAUAGAAACUCUGGAGAAAGGGGGUGGUGUAGGUUGGGCAUGAACUGUGUGACAGGGUCAUCAGGAUCAAUAGAUGGAACAAAUGUGACCAUCCGUGCGACAGUCCCCAAUGUUUUCACUGUGACUAUGAGUGGACUGAAGGCAGAGAGCAGCGGCUGGUAUUACUGUGUUAAAGGAGAAUUACAGAUGCCAGUUCAUGUCACUGUUACUGAGACACCUACUACCAGCGCUCCAAGAACAACAGAGUGUCCAACUAACAUAUCGCCCACUCUUGAACCUGUGCAUCAGUCUUCUGUGUUCGCAAGCAAAGAUCCUUCCACAGUUCAACAGAACAGUCUUUCCAUUCACCUAAAGAGUUUCAUCAUCCGUCUGAGCUUGUUGACCUUCAUUGUUAUUGUGGGCUUGUUCAUCUGGUUUAUGUUCAGAAGAUACAAACGAACCAAAGCAGAUUCAACCACAGCAAAAGCUGAAGAGGACUUGAGACACAGUAAUGCUGAGGAAUACAGUAAAGAGGUUAAACGCAGGGAGUGAUGUACAAAGAACAUAAAGUUGUGUGAUUAAAGCAACAGACAAACGAUUGAAAAGACAAGGGUGUUGUGGUUUUUUUGGUUUUUUUCACCAUCACCGUGCUUUUAUAUCCACCUCAGCUGCACUGAAGCAAUAUAUAGUGUUCUCUGUUCUACUCUUCUACUUCUUUUCUAUAAUCCUGAUUUAUAUAAUACAUAAAAAUAAACUCAUAUUGUCUA